GACCCUAUAGAACCAAUCAAUGAUAUACAAUGUAUCUGGUUCAACUGGAAGGAUAAGCUGGUAUGUACAUGGACACUACCACCGUACCGCUACAUGGAAUACAUCCAGGUUGACCUUUUGUGGUACUUUGGGUUUGAAAUAAGCAGGUACAACGGUGCAACGAAUAAAUGUCCAAUGAUGGAGAACAAGACUAUAUGUACAUGGGAUGCUCAAACGUAUGCGCUGGACACCAGCCAAUGGUAUUUCAAACUGACCGUCAUCAACACUGCACACAACAACGUCAGUGAACAAGGAGAAUGGAUAUUAAAAACUGUUAAAAACAACGUUAAGCCCAACGCUGUAGAAUCAUUUAACGUGGACUUCACCAACGAGAGUACCUGCUUAAACUUGACCUGGGUCUUUGACUCAUCCAUUGCUAAUUCGAGAGAAAAGCACUACAGAGUUCAGUACUCUCCUGUUGCUGACCUAUCACACAAUAAAACGGUGUGGAGCGACGAUAAUCAUGUGACCGUCUGUUACCUAACACCCUACACCUUGUACAAAUUCACCAUUGCCGUCCACCCGGACAGAAAUGCAAUGAAGGGCUACUGGAGUGACCCUGUCACAAAAGAAAUCCGAACAGACCAAGAUGUUCCGAAUCGGUCACCUGAAAUGGUUGGAUACACACUGUCUUCAGAUAUAAAUUCCCAGGAAGGACCGGACGCAACCAGAAGUUAUACAGUGUUUUGGAAGUCGGUACCUAAGAUUGACAGGAAUGGUGUCAUAACAAAGUACAGGAUAGCCUUUACAGACACAGGAGAUCAUCACACAGGUUCCAUCAUCAAAAAUGGAACAAGGAUCUUCGUAAAUAUUAAAUUGCAAAGAAACAAACUCUACAAUGUCUCCAUCGCCGCUGCCACUGUCAAAGGAUACUCACAUCACAACUCCAGCCUCAUCAUCGACACCACAGGUAUGACACCAGCUGAUGUUAUGGUGGAGCGUAAUGCCUCGCUGUAUAAUGUAUCAUGGACUGUCCCUGGUCCUGUCGACCUACUCACCAGUUACAGAGUAGUCUACUGCGCAAUGAUCGGUUCACAGCAAGAAUGUGCGGGAGAGCUACAGAAGUUGAAUGUUCCCGAUUCCCGGACACGUCACCAAACUUUGCCACUGACAUCAAACAAGACGUACCUGUUUGGUGUGUCUAUCGUUGGGGCUGGAGUAGCCAGUGCUGCCAAGUUUGAGAGCUGUAUUUAUGUUUCCACAGAAAGGCCCAGUCAGCCUCAGUUUUCGGUGGACGACAGUAUUGGCGAAAACAGUUUACGAGUAGAGUGGGACCCUAUACCCUGCAAUAACAAACAGCCGUAUGUGACGAGUUUUACCAUCACAUGGUGUCAGACAAACAACAAACUGGAGGAGCAAUGUGUUGGUCAAAACCAUUCCGUAGUUAUCCCAUCCACAUCUGAGAGGGUUUUUAUCAUCCAAAACUUGGAGAAGGGUGUCCGGUACGGUGUGAUCAUGUUGAGCUCUUCUUCAUCACAGACUAGCCCCCCCACCGAGAUGAAAUACGGCACACCAACCAAUAAUGAUUUCUCCACAGCAGCGAUCGCAGGCAUUGUCAUAGGUGCCGUAUUAGGAGGUGUCUGUGUCAUUGCUGGAAUAUUAUGUUUUUGCAGGACGACGAAGUAUAAGAUAUCAAAAAUGAGUAAACCAUACUCAAUUGAUAUUCCUCAGCUGGAAAAGUACACUUCAAUGAACGGUGAUGAGCCUAGUGUGGUUGCAGAUUCUAGUCCAACCAAUUCGACAGGGUCGCCCAGGUCCACCAAUAAUUCCCGGCAGGCCUUACUGCCAGCUCAACACUCUAUGGACAUUGACUGUCACAAAGAUUCUGGCAAAAACAAUUCCGGAAAGUCAAAUGGUGACGCAACAAAACGUCAAAACAGUCGGGAUAGCGGCAAGGGUGGGAGCUUGUCAACAGAGCCCGACACUCCUGACAGACUGGAUCCUGUCCCGGAGGAUGAUACCAGUCCCUACAGUGAGAUACCUGAACGGGUUGGUCAUGGUUAUACCAGUAAAAUUCAGGAUACCUCUGGGAUUGAAUCCUACAACCCCUCCUCAAGCAAUAACCCCUAUUCAGUAGUGCAUACAUCAAAACCAGACUCCCAAACGUCCGUGGAAGAGGACGUGGAAGAGGACGUGUCCCAGUCCUCGGUGGAACGAGACAGAGAGGAAAGGACUGUGCGGGACUCUUUCAGUGAGGUACACAUUAAUCCUACCGAGAUAACAGUUAUGUUCGUCGGAGCCACUCAUCCCAGAAGAGAAUCAGCUGGCUCCAACGACGGAUACACAGAUCAUAACCAGAUCACGUGUGAGCAUGACAGUGGAGUGGUACAGCCAGGCACAGCGUGCACACUCUCCACUGAGAAUGCAGCUUUGUCUCAGCAGUCGUCAACUCCUCAAGGUAACUCAUCAGGUACCUUGAAUAACACUCUGAUGGAGGCGACAUCCCCCCGCCCUGUAGGUCCUGUAGAACCAGACCACCAUCCGAGUGUAGAGUCUCCUGAAGAGACGUCUGCUGGUGUAGUCAGCACGUCGGAAUCAGAGAAUCCUAGAACUGUUGAUAGUGAUUCAUCAGAUGGCUAUAAAACCCACGACACUAUAGGAACAGUGACUUCACACAACACAAACAAUACACAGCAGCAGCAGCAGGAUUGUCUCCCUUGUGUGUCAAGGACAGAUAACUCCACAUCAACAUCAGACCCAGGAUCAUAUUGUACAAUGCAGACUUCUGCGACAUGAUCCUAUUCAGGCAAAGAUUUUCAUUCACAUUAAGCCAAUCAUCAUGACAUACCUUCUAGCCUUGUGACUCUAAUAAAAAAAAAUGUGAUUGUUUUGGUACAUGUACCAAUGUUCGUUAUUUAUAACGGAUUUUGUCUGGCUGAGUGAGCGAAUGAGUUAAUUCACCAUUUAUGAAAACCUAAAAGGCAUUUCAGCUCACGACCAGAUGAAAAUUUAAACUUGAUCUUAUAUUUUUUUUUUCACCAGAUUUUCUGUGACUUGAAAAUUUCAGAAACUACCUCACGACUGGUUUGAAAUAUACAACGUUGCACCAAGAGAAUUUUUUGCAGAUCAUAUGGCAACAAGACAUGCUAUUUCAGCCAACAAAGAGAUGCUCGUGGUCCUCAUGGUGUUGGUCCCCAUUAUACUACCAAAUAUAAAUAGGCAGUAAAAAGGCAGACUUUUUCUUUCACAUUGUAUAAAAAGUGUUUGUAUACAUUACCUUGGUAUGACAAAUAUUACGAGUGAACAUCUGUUAACUCAUUCACCCCUGAAAUUUCAUAAUGAACUAUUCCAACCUUUGAAUUGGAAGAGUUCAAAUGUGUCUUCAGGGCUAAAUGAGUUAAUGAUCAGAUAUAGGACUUUCAGAGAUUGACAGGUAUGGCUUUAAAAAUAAAUGUUGAGGUAUUUGCAGUUGAUUUUAAGAAAAUGCAUUUAUUGUACUUUUUUAAAUGAAAUUUAUGUAUUGACCAUCAUCAUUUUGUCUUGCUAUUAGUUUGUAGGAAUAUAAAUUUAAAUAUUUUUGCAUGGUUUAGUCUUACCUGGCAUAAAUUGCCGGUGAGUUUAGGGUAAGCUGCAGCCCAGGGGACUGAUAUUAUGCACUUUCCUCAUUUUAAUGACCUUGACCUACUUUCAAAAGAACAGAGGUCUAAUAUGUAAAAAUUUCAAACAACAUUUUUUUUUUAAAUCAUAAGGUCUAAAGCUGUGAUACUUAUGUGAGAUAUGUAGUUCAACAGUGUGAUUUAUUUCUAAAAUAAUUACGUUUAGACUUUAGGUCAAAAGUCAGUUUUUAAUGAUGGCCAAAUCAAAGAUGGGGUUUCGUCCAGUGUCCUUGGUGAUGAGAUGUUCAGAUUGAUAUUGAUUUUGUCUUUUAUGAACCAUUUACGUCACUUAUGCCAAUUUAUUCAUCCAAAUUCACUUAUUUUUUGUUUGAAAUCAAUUAACAGAGAUGUAUAGAUGUUUUAUGUAAAAAAUGACUUUUGAUGAAAUCAUGAUUGAUAUUUUUGUUUUAAAAAGUAUGGGAAUUUUUUACUGCAAGUAUUAAUUUAGUCAAUUUUAAUUUUUUUUAAGUUUUAUUUGUGAAAAUGCUCAGACGUGGCUAGUGUGUUGUGUGUUUAUUGUCACAGACAUUGGAACAUGUGUUACUAAUGCUAUGUCAAUAUAUAUAUCACAUGUCAACCUGCUCAACUCAUUCAACCCUGCAGACACGUUUGAACUCUUCCGAUUCAAAAGUUGGAAUAGUUCAUUAUGAAAUUGUGAAUGUAACAACUUGAUAAUAAUGCUCUGACAUAGCUUAUGUGUUGUCACAGACAUUGGAACAUGUGUUCAAAAUAUCUGUCAACCUGCUUAAUGGGAUUACCAAGUUUUUCAGUGUGCAUACAGUAGACCAAAAAUAUUUGCUUGAUUCUUUUCAUGUAUUACUCUCCUCACUAGCUAAUUCAUUCAAUAAAAUUUCAUUUGAAUUAAUUGAAAUUGAAAAUGCCUUCCAAUUAGAAGGCUUUAAAAAUCUCAUCAUCCUCAAUGUCAUCAAGUCAGAUGUGCAUUUGUGUUAGUUUUACUUGUAUUUUCUUAUAGCAAAACUAGCGUUUUCCCUGGAUAUGACAAAAAUCUGUAAAACAAGACAAGAACAGUAAAACUGUGUUCACACUGGAAAUCUACAAAUGAUAUUACAUGGGCUAGACUGUAGGCACAUUUCUUCACAUUUAUAUAUUUACUUACUGGUACUUGUUUUCAUAUUUCUAUCAGUAUUUUGUUGUUUUUCAUAAUUUUACAUUACGGUAUUGUUCAAUAAUGAAAUCAAAAUCUUGUGUAACAAAGCAUUGCACCAUAUAACCAUAUCAUACUCUAUUGUUUAUAUUGUCUUAAGGUCGUGUCGAUGUAGUUAGACUUGAACUAAAGUGUAAUAAAUAAUUAAGUUAAACUAGAGUUAAACUAUGGUGUAAUAAAUAACAAAGUUAAACUAUAGUGUAAUAAAUAACAGAGUUAAACUAUAGUGUUACUAUAGUGUAAUAAAUAACAAAGUUAAACUAUAGUUAAUUAACUAUAGUGUAAUAAAUAACAGAGUUAAACUUUAGUGUUACUAUAGUGUAAUAAAUAAUAAAGUUAAACUAUUGUGUAAUAAAUAAUAUAGUUAAACUAUUGUGUAAUAAAUAAUAUAGUUAAACUAUUGUGUAAUAAAUAGAUGUAUAUAUAUAGUGUUUAACACAGGACAAGAUUCUUGAUAUCUUUAUCACUCCGAAACCAUAGACAUACCUUCUUAUUUACGUAAUUCUAAUAAAAAUGUAUUCCAUUAUUGUACCCAUUAUUACGUUGAUAGACAUGUACAGACAAUGUGAUGAUAUACAAGUGUAAUCUCUUUUGUGUGUGUCUAUAAUCUUGUAUAAAAAAAUUCAUGCCAAAAUUAAAGUGUCUUUGGUGUAUUCACCUUAUUGCAGGGGUAUAGUGCCCUGAGAGGCAAAAAUUGAUUUACACAAACAAAAUCUGUGUUUGUCAUAUCUCAAUGAAGUGAAAUGUAACUGUUGGAAUAAGAAACAGGAAAGCGUUUCUUUUGGUCGAGGAAAAACACAGCGAUUAUCAUAAUAUAAAUCCUUCCCCUUUGGCUUUGAACGUUUGUCUUCAUCAGAAUACUCCUUAACCCGUUCACCACUGUAGACCAUAAUGGACUCAUCCAGAUCAAAGCAUGGAAGAGUUUACUAAAGUUACAUAGGGGUGAAAGGGUUAAGCACCCUUUAUAAACUCAGUUGGUGAUGAAUUUUAGUUUGAAUACUCAACCUUUUACAGUUAUGGUAGACCUAUAUAAAGGGUGAAAGGUUUUGGUGCCGUAUUGCACCUAACACUUCCUAACGUCAACAAAAUCAUAACUCCAAGUUUUACAGAAAUUCUUUAAUGUCUUUGAUGAAUGCUUGUUAUUGUCUGCUUGAAAUAGUGACAAGAAAUCAUGACCCUGUGCCAUUCCAUCAUGUCCCUGUGCCGUUCCUUCAUGACCCUGUGUCAUUCCACCAUGUCCCUGUGUCAUUCCAUCAUGUCCCUGUGUCAUUCCAUCAUGUCCCUGUGCCGUUCCAUCAUGUCCCUGUGCCGUUCCACCAUGUGGUAGAACAGUUUGUUUAAGAUGUUGUAAACAUAUUCUCCUAGACACACUUCUGCACACGAUGGAACACGUUUGUACACAACGUGGUUUCACACUUCAUCAAUUUUAGAACAUGCAUUUGGACAAGACAUUCAACAUUCAAGUCACAUCAGUCCAGAAAUCAUUAUUGUAUCGAAAACGCUACUUUAUACAAUUUGGUAUAAACAUGUAUGUUUUCCAUUAUCUCAAUGCUAAUGAAUAUCAUGGCAUUUACACAUAAUACUGUUACAAAGUGCCAUAAAACAUCUGUCAUCAAAUAGAUGUGAAUUGUAAAAAUAAAUAUAAUUGACAAAACAAA